AAACAAACACAGCAGCAGAAGACAACCUGCAGACGACGCCUUAGUUCACACUCACAUAAUUCCAUCUAACUCAAAUUAAUACAGAGAAACUAAACACACAAAUUGAUUAUAUUUAGUCUAAUUUAAGUAUUAAUAACUGAUAUAAAUGAUAGUAUAAAUAAAAGAGAAACAUUUGAUCAUCAUUGGCUAUCACUUGACGGGUGUUUACCUCAGCAGUCGGGCGGUCACCUUCACCCUCUCAACAGUUUUUACUACUGAACAAACAGGUUUUGCAGAAUGGAACUAGAAUGUGCUGUCCAGAAGUAUGCAUGGGGUGUAAAGGGAUCAAAGAGCAGUGUUGCUCAGCUAGCCAAAGCUGUUCAGCCAGACCUGGAAGUACCAGAUGAUGAACCUUUUGCUGAGCUGUGGAUGGGCACACACUCUAGUGGUCCAUCUGUUAUUAAAGCUACUGGUGAAACUCUUGGAAGUUACAUCAGCAAGCAGCCGGAGGUGUUGGGUGGCCCGGUCAUUGAUAAGUUUGGUGAACAACUCCCCUUCUUGUUCAAGGUGCUGAGUGUUAACCAAGCGCUCUCUAUUCAGGCUCAUCCCAACAAGAACCAUGCAGAGCAGCUUCACAGAGAGCGCCCAGAUGUGUACAAGGACCCCAAUCACAAACCUGAAAUGGCCAUCGCCCUUACCCCCUUCCAAGCUCUGUGUGGCUUCAGAACUGCACAACAAAUUAUAAAACAUUUUAAAGAACUCCCUGAGCUACGGAAAGUAGUAGGAGAGGAAGCAGCUGAGAAAUUUAUUGAGGACCAUUCGGAAGAGAAUCUUAAAACCUGUUUUUCUGCUAUGAUGAAUUCACCGAAGGAUAUAAUUGCUUCUGCUCUAAGUGAUCAGUUGCAACGAUUCUCCGAGAUGGAUGCCUCAAAGGGUGGUGAGCUUCUUCAUGACCUCUUUCUGACCCUACAUGAAAAGUAUCCUGGUGAUGUGGGCUGCUUCUCCAUAUACCUGCUGAACUACCUUACUCUUCAGCCUGGAGAAGCAAUGUUUCUUGGUCCCAAUGUAAUCCAUGCUUACUUGCUUGGAGAUUGUAUCGAGUGUAUGGCCUGCUCCGAUAAUGUCGUACGUGCCGGUUUGACCCCCAAGUAUCAGGACGUAGAGACCUUGGUGAACAUGCUGGAGUAUGGGAUGGUAUCAGCCGAGUCCAGAAAUUUUGAAGGGUUUAAAAUGGACGGCUACACGACCAUGUAUAAUCCUCCAGUGCCUGAUUUUGCCGUUGAUAAGAUUGAGGUACCUGCUGGAGUGGAACAGUACACUCUGAGGCCAAUGGAAUCUGCUAGCAUUGUGUUGGUAGUGGAGGGCAGCGCUGGAGAUGUGGAAGUCAACCCAGCAUCCCUAGGGGAGGUGCCUCAUGCUACUAGUUUGGAACGUGGGUCGGUUGUAUUUCUAGCUGCUGGACAGUCUUUGGCAUUAAAACCCAGACCCGGGUCACGCCUCCUUGCCUUCCGUGCUUUAUGUAUUCUCUAAGUUCCAGAAAAUUGUUGUUUGUGUAAAUGGCUUUGAGAUUAAUUUAUGAAUUAACUAUAUAUA